CACGGCACAUUAGUGUAAGUUAUUACGUCACAGGACACUUUAAUGUACCGCUGACAGACUAAAAUUGGAUUCUUAUUAAGAAGAUUGAAGGUGAUGAACGGAUUCGGAGUCUGCCUGUCGUGACACCGAAUUUGUUAAUAUGAGUUUACACGUCCUUUGUGAAUCUGACAAAAUGGCUACAGUGCUAGAUUCAAUUUCUCUAGACGAAAGGAAGAUCCAGGAAAUCAUCAAGAAAACAAAGGAUUAUGCCAUGUUACAUGGUGUACUUAUACGAACAGCAGAAUCACCAGGCCAUUCAGAGAGAGCCCACUAUGCUCCGUUUACUCUUUUUCCGUCGCUGGUUCCCCGAGAUGCUCUAGCCAAGGUGAAGGCCAUACAACCACAUUUCAACAAACUGAUGCACAUGGUGGCGCAAGACAUGGAAUUCUUGCAAAAUUGUUUGUGCAAUGUUCUAAAGGUCGAUGACUUCAACAAGCGAUUGUGGGACAUUUUACAAGUGGUGACCGAAGAAGGUGCUACCCAGCCUAUAAGUCUUGGAUUGUUCCGAAAUGAUUAUAUGAUGGAUGAUAAAAAAGAGACCCCCGUUGACUCUUUGACCUAUGUUGACCCUACGGCCUCAGCCACGGUACCAGACAGUUUACAGAUGAAGCAGAUUGAAUUCAACACGAUAGCAGCUGGUGCUGCUGGUCAUGUAUCACACCUGCACAAUGUACAUCGGUAUUCUCUAACACUGGCCGGAAAACAGUUUGAGGAUUCACAAGUACCCGACAACAAUCCCGCCCAUGGACUUGCCCAAGGAUUGGUGGAAGGGUGGAAGGCUUACGGGAACAAGAGGGCGUGUGUGCUGUUUUUUGUGUCAGAACCGGAACGGACUAGGCUUGACCAGCGUCGACUAGACUUGGAAAUGUUUAUGAUUGACAGAUCUGUUCAUGUGAAAUAUGUCACAUUUGACGAAAUGAAUGAACGAGGAUAUGUCAGAAAAAGCGACAAAGCAUUGCUUAUAGAUGAUUGUGAGGUGGCCGUCGUGUAUUUCCGUAUAGGAUACUCUCCAGCGAAUUAUAAAUCAGAAAAGGAUUGGAACACGCGCCUGAUGAUGGAGCGGUCAAAAGCGAUCAAGUGUCCAACCGUCCAGUACCACUUAGCCGGGACGAAGAAGGUCCAGCAAGAGCUUUGUCGUCCUGGAGCCGUGGAGAGGUUUAUUAAGGACGAUAGGAUAGCACGGGACAUCAGGGAGACCUUCGUAAAGCAAUAUAGUAUCGACUUGGGUGAAGAUGGCGAUGACGCAAUAGAGAAGGCAUUUGCUGAUCCUCAGAGAUACGUCCUUAAAACCAAUAGAGAGGGCGGAGGUAACAACGUUUACGGGGAGGACAUUACGUGUUUGCUGUCAAAAAUAAAGAAUUUGGAGGAACGGGCGGGAUACAUUUUGAUGGAGAGGAUCUUACCUUGGCCUCAGACAAGCUAUCUUCUGAAAGCCGGAUCAGAGGCCUGCCUCCAGACUGUUGUCACUGAAAUUGGUAUCUUCGGUGUUUAUAUGGGCACUGCGGACAAAGAAAUAUACAAUAGUGUUACUGGCCACGUGUUACGGACUAAGAAUGUGAACUCAGACGAGGGAGGAAUAAUGGUGGGAUUAUCAUAUUUGGACACGCCAUUCCUUAUAGACUGAUAUUUCUGUAGACAUUACAAUUACAUUUUGUCUUCUUCAUUAAAACCAAGCAAAAUAAACGAGGCUAGAAUAGGAAUACCAAUGUAAACUCACCGGUUCUCCCUCGACCGAAGGAAACACUGGCUCGAUAGGGAGACAACUCUAUUGUCGGGUAUUCUUUGAACGGUGCUUGCCAUACGCAGUUUGAAUAGUAGAUGGUAUAUAUAUAUACACACGAACGCUUAAAAACUAUAUUAAGACAGAUGCUAAAGGCCUUCCUUUGUUAAACGUCUCUUCAGGAGAAGAUUGCAUAUAUGAAAAUAAAAUAAUUAUGAAAAGUUCUUUUUGAAGCGUAUACACACAAAGAAAACUUUGUAAAAGCAACUAUGAACACAUUUCUGAACGUUUUCUUCAGAAUUUAUAUUACCAAUACGUACAUAUUUUACACCUUCGUGUACAACCGAAUCGAUUUGUCGGUUUCAUUCGACAUUGCGUACAUAUAUAACAAUUUAAGUGUGCACACAUGUUAGAAAAGCCGAAUCGAAAUAGAGUAUUAAUGUACAUUAUAUGUACAAACUCCUGCAUCUACUCACACCUUGUGUACAAACGCUUUACAUGUCAUGGUUACAGAGUCCAUACUGUAUAAGUCAUGAAAACGUGACACACAAAUACUAAAAUGGUUGUGCUCCAUAACCCUUUCUACAGUUUUGGAAGAUGGAUCGCUAUAGAUACGCAGUCUGUAGAAUAUUAUCACCAUAGACCGUUGUUAGGUUAUAUUGUAUAUCACCUCAUAUACAUGUUAAGUUUAAACUGUAUUUAUAUUAACGUUGUCCUUGCAUAUCGAAUCAAUGUUUUGCGCAAUGACAUUCUUCACACAUCAGUAGUUGCUAUAUAUGUAUGUUUUAUUUCAUUUAAGUUUAUAAAUAUUGUUCUUCAUAAUAUAUUUCAAUAUUCCAAAUCCGACCGGAAUAUACUAGCCGAAUACGGCUCUAAUGAAACAGUUACUGUACUUCCGGUACACACACUGUAAUGUUAGGACGACAGAAUACAGAUAUGAAAAAGUGGUUGUUCGUUUUGUAUGGUAAACGUUGCAUUGUGACGGUUUUCCACUAAGAAUGAAUAUAUCAACGUUUAAAAAACCCCAGAAUAUUUCAUUCUAUGAUGUAUCAAUGGAUUUUGUUUGUCUGUUAACGUAGUUUGUUAAGAGUAAAUAUAGUGUUUUAUAUACAAACAUAUUCGUACUUCUUCAGCAGCAAAAUAUCACUUACAUAUAGGAUCUUGCAUGAGUUUCCAUUUCAUAUGUGAUUUAUUAAACGAGUCUAAGAACUUUUCAAUUAAGCAAGCCUUUGGCGAGCUAAAAUGAAAAAUUUGUGACGAGUUUCAUAAGUUUCAUUUGAAAUGAAAACGUGUGUAAGAUCCUUGUUAUCACGAAUCCAAGAUUCGUGUAAAACGACAAUAAUCAUGCAACCUUUGAAAUGUAAAAAGCCGCCAUUUUGACUCCAGUGCGUAAG